AGAUUGCAAGCAUGAUGAUUUACUGAUAGAAAUUCUUUACAAAAUGAUUUAUCUGCCAAUUCAACAAUUUGAGUCUCUACUAUGACGUCUUCAACGGCGGAAAGAUCUCGUUAUGCUUCGCUUAUUCGGUCAUGCACAGACUCGCAAGACCUCGCGAGCGCCAAAAACCUUCAUGCGCUUAUUGCUUCCAGUGCUCAAGUCCAUAACAGAUAUCUGGCAAAUCUCCUCAUCAAUAUGUACGCCAAGUGUGGCAGCCCCGCCGAUGCCCUCGCCGUUUUCGGCCAGAUCGAGCAGCCCAACGUCUUCUCCUGGAAUCUUAUACUUUCUGCAUUUGCCCGUAACGGGCAUCUGCAGGAAUCAAGGAAUAUUUUCGAUAGCAUUCCUCGUCCUGAUGCCGUUUCCUGGAACACCAUCAUCUCCGCCUACACAAGCAAGAGAGAAAUCAGCGAAGCGAGAGCCUUGUUUGAUCGGUCUCCAUGCAAAAACACUGUGUCAUGGAACUCGAUAAUCUCGGGGUAUGCCGAGAAUGGGUAUUUGUACGAAGCGAAGAGUUUGUUCGAUCGAAUUCCAGAACCAAACGCUGCGUCCUGGAACGCCAUGCUGAAUGCGUAUGCUCAAAGCGCUCACAUCGACGAGGCGAGGGAGUUUUUUGAGCGAAUGCCCGUGAAGAAUGUUGUGGCGUGGACGACGAUGGUGGCGAUGUUUGCCCAGAACGGAGAAUUGCAUCGAGCGCGGGAGCUUUUCGAGAGGAUGCCAGACAGAAAUGUGGUGUCUUGGACGACCAUGGUGCAAGCCUAUGCCCAAAACGCUCAGAUCGACGAGGCAAAGCGGCUGUUUGAUAGAAUCCCAAAUCCCAACCCCAUCUCCUGGAACGUCAUGCUCCUCGCAUACUCCCACAAUGGGCAUUUGGAGCAAGCCGAAAGCUUGUUCAAGGAGAUGCCAAGUCCAAACACCGUGUCUUGGAACGCGAUGAUCCAAGCAUACAUUUCUAGCAAUCGCGAGCUCCAUCGAGCGAGAGAUUUGUUUGAGAGAAUGCCAUCCCCGGACGUGGUGUCGUGGACUUCGAUGGUUUCGGCAUAUGCAAAGGCUGGAAACAUUGGCGAGGCGAGGAACUUGUUUGAUCGAAUGCCCGCAAAGAACACGGUAUCGUGGAACACCAUGAUCUCGGCCUACGCGGAGAAUGGAUUGUUGAUCGAGGCGGAGAAACUCUUUAGCGAAAUUCCAGCGAGAGGAGCGAGCACCUGGACGACCAUGAUGGCUUCUUACAGCCAAAACUCCAUGAACGAUCGAGCGCUUCGAUGCUUCUCUCUCAUGGAUCACGAAGGAGUUUCUCCGGAUCUCGUCGCGUACUCCACUGCGCUUAGCGUUUGCUCGGCUUUGAAGUCUCUAGAAAGAGGCCAAGAGAUCCACUCGAGCUUUGUCAUCAGCGGGCUGGAACCGGAUCAAACUCUCGGUAACACUCUCGUAGAUUUGUACUCCAAGUGUGGCUGCAUGGAGAGAUCCCAGGAAGAGUUCGAUCGAAUGCCCAAACACGAUAUCACGUCGUGGACUUUGCUCAUCGCUGGAUACACGAUCAAUGCCCGAGCCAAGACGAGCAUAAAAGUUUUUGCCGCUAUGGAUCAAGCCGGCUUCCAUCCCGACAACUUUAGCUUCGUUGCAGCCUUCGAAGCGUGUGGAAGCUUGGCAUCUCUAGCUCUGGUCAAGAUCCUCCAUGAAACUUACGAGACGAGCAAGAACGAGCCCGAUCUAGUGCUGGAAAACUCGCUGAUAGAUCUCUACUCGAAGUGUGCUCACCUCCAGGGAUCGAAGGCCGUGUUCGAUGGCAUGAAACACCGAGACCUGGUCUCCUGGAGCACGAUGAUCACUGCCUUCGUCCAGAGCGGCCGUCCGCAAGAAGCCCUCGAUCUCUUCAUGGAGAUGAUCAGCGAGGGAUUCGAGCCGGACUACGUGAACUUCAUCACGGUUCUCACGGCUUGUAGCCAUCUCGGCGAGCACAAGAGGGCCCUGGACUACUUCGCGUCCAUAACCGUGGAUCACCACGUAAAUCUCGUGAGAGAACACUACCACUGCGUGAUCGAUUUGCUCGCGCGCGCCGGCAAGCUGAGCGAGGCCGAGGAUCUUAUAAAAAACAUGCCUUUUGAGCCGGGUGAGGUCGCUUGGAUGUCGCUGCUAUCUUCGUGUAGAACACACCGUGAAAGCUCGCAGCGAGCGGCGGCUAUGGCUUCCAAGCUCGAUUCCUCGUCUUAUGUAAUGCUAUCAAACAUUUGUAUAGAAGUUUAA